AUGACAGGACAGCAAUACCCGGUGCCUAUGCGGCAAUCGGGCUCCCUUGACGAGUUCGAGCGGUUUGACGUGACUCCAAUUCUGGGAACUGAGUUUCGUAAUGUCGAUGUUGCCGACUGGUUGAUCAGACCUGAUUCGGAUCGCCUGCUGCGGGAUCUUUCAAUCCUCAGUAUAUACCCCCCUAUCCCUUACAAAUGCCCUGUGUGUGUUCUUUCGCGGACAGACGAACCUCACCAACGAGCGCCACAAGGAGCUAAUCGACCGGAUCGGGGCCCGCGGGGGAAACCCAAAGAGAAUGGACUCUAUGUCCAUCCUUUAUGGCAGAUUCGCCAGGAGCCGGAUCCAGAGCUCCAGCUUCUUAAUCCAGAGGGAGUGAUUCAAAUCUACGGCAAGACAGCCAAGGGUGACAAAAAGCAGUCUGGCAUCACCGAAUGGCAUACGGAUAUCUCCUUUGAGAACAACCCACCAGACUACAGCAGUCUGCGAUUAACGGAUCUGCCUCCAGGAGGAGGUGGAGACACGCUUUGGGCCUCCUCCUAUGAGGUUUAUGACAAACUGAGCAUCCCUUAUCAGAAGUUCUUCGAGAGUCUGACUGCGACCUACUCUCAGGAGGCAUUGAAUCAGGUGGCAGCCUCCAAGGGGACUACCAUAUUCCAGGGCCCUCGAGGCUCCCCUUCCAAUACGGGCUCCGCUUUGAGCUCAGUGCACCCUGUGGUACGAACCCAUCCCAUUACUGGUUGGAAAGCAGUUUUUGCAUUGGGAGUGCACUGUCAUCAUAUCAAUGAUGUCACAAAACCAGAGAGUGAUCAGAUUUUAGAGAAGAUCAUCCACCUGGUGGCGCUCAAUCCGGACCUGCAGGUCAGAUUCCGAUGGGAAAAUCCCCACGACAUUGCGAUCUGGGAUAACAGAGCCGUCUACCAUGCGCCGAUCCAGAAUCAUGUGGGAAAGCGCCGUGGCUGGCGCGUUCUCUCGGUUGGAGAAAGGCCAUAUUUUGACCCCAACAGCGUGUCCAGGGCAGAGUACCUGUCCUCUUUGGCAGGCAAAGAAGAGCCAGUGUCUGCAUCCAUCGCAGAAUCUCACAAGCUAGCAAAUGGUAAUAAUGGCCAUGUUGAGGCAGCUUCGAGUGUGGCUAUUGAGUAA